AAUAUUAAUAAAGAUAUGUCCAUAUUUUCAGGAUAUUUUUUGCUUGGGUGCAAAUAUUAGAUUCAACAUGUCAUAUGCUAAUGAGAGCAUCUGGGCAUGCUUGCCGCGUACUGUACGAGGGCAGCCUGUGGUACUGGGAUGUGAUCCCAAAGGUGAAAAACUCCUGUAUGGGCACGGCAAUUCUGUCAUUAUACGGGAUAUAAAGAACCCUUCUGUGAGUGAGAUAUACACUGAGCAUUCUGUGCCAGUCACAGUUGCCAAGUGGGCUCCCUCUGGAUACUACAUCUGCUCUGCUGAUAUCCAUGGGAAGGUGAGAAUAUGGGACACAGUGAAUGCAGAGCACGUCUUGAAGGCCGAGUACCAGCCCUUGGGAGGCUGCAUCAGAGACCUCGUCUGGAGCCCUGACAGCCAGCGCAUUGCUGUUGUUGGUGAUGGACGGGGCAAGUUUGCCCACGUGUUUAUGAUGGACACGGGCGCCAGCGUGAAAGGUGAUCUAUCAGGCCACAGUAAAGUCAUCAACAGCGUAGAUUGGAAGACCAGCCGCCCCUUCAGGCUUGUCACGGGAGCUGAAGACAACAAAGUUGCUCUUUAUGACGGCCCUCCCUUCCAGUUCAUGUGCUCCAAAACUGAACACCAGAAGUAUGUGCAAGUGGUGCGCUUCUCUCCUAAUGGAGAACACUUUGCGUCAGGAGGCUUUGAUGGGAAAGUUUUCGUCUAUGACGGCAAGAGUGGAGAAGUUGUGCGUGAAGUUGGUGAACCAGGUGCUCAUAAAGGGGGCAUCUACGGCCUGUCGUGGUCACCCGACAAUACACGAAUUCUGACAGCAAGUGGCGACAAAACCUGCAAGAUUUGGAAAGUUGAGACUGGUGAACUGCUUGCUGAGUACAAUAUGGGGUCACAGGUGGAAGACCAACAAAUGUCGUGCAUCUGGACGCCUGCAAAUCAUCUGCUGUCGCUGUCCCUCUCUGGCUUCAUCAAUUAUCUCAAUCCAGACCAGCCUGGUGCUCCUGAAAAGAUUGUCAAGGGGCACAGUUCACCCAUCACGCGCGUGUCGAUAUCGCCCGACGGCCGCCAGCUGUACACGAGCGCCAUGGAUGGCUGCGUGACGCGCUGGGACGUCGCUACGGGGGAUAGUGAACGUGUCGAGGGCAAGGGGCACGGCAACCAGGUGACUGGUCUCGUAGUGAUGGGUGCUGGGGCUGAUGGUGGUGCCGGGAAAGUUUUCACCAUCGGUAUCGAUGAUACUCUCCAAGUCAUCGAUCCAUGCCAAAUGUCGUACACCACAACCCGUGUGAGCUUGAGCAGCCAACCUCGCUUCAUGUGCUCCUGGCCACGCCCUGGGCAGGACGCUGGGCUCGCUGUGGUCACGGUCAAGGAUAUCACGCUCCUUACCGACCAGCCGAGCGUUGUAUCAACAACUCCCACGUCCUACGAAGGGCAGUGCGUUGCAGUGAGUGGUGAUGGAGCGCUGCUGGCCGCUGGAGGCUCUGACAACAAACUCAGGGUUUACAGCAUCAGCGGCUCUACUCUCACUGAGACGCAAGUGUUGGAGCACCUGGGGGUGGUGACAGGCGUGGUGUUCUCGUCGUGUGGCAAGUACCUCGCUGCUUGUGAUGCAUACCGAAAGGUAAAAGUGUACAAUACGAGUGACUGGACUCCAGCCAUCAAGGCCGAGUGGGGCUUCCACAACGCUAAGAUCAACUGCAUCGCCUUCAGCCCCAACAGCGAACUCAUCGCCACAGGCUCCCUCGACACCACCGUCAUCGUCUGGUCCAUGAAGGACAUGCAUAAGCGCAUCACGCUGCAGAAAUGUCACCCGCAGUCGCAAGUAACAGACGUGCUCUGGCUCUCGGAUGAAUAUCUUGUCACGGUCGCACACGACGCUACCGUCAAGACUUGGACUAUAAAAUUCUAAGUUUUCACAUCAUUGUCUGGAAAAUUAUAUGUUUAUGAUUAAAAAUCCGUUUCGCUGAAGAUUUUCGUGAUGCCUGAAAACUCUUUCUGUCGAUGAAUAGUCUCUUCCCCCUCUGCUGCUAGAAUUUUUAUUAACAUCUCAUUUAAUGAAGCGAUAAAAUGCAUCGAACUUAUAGAAGAACUUAUUCACGUGUAUUGGUGUUAUCAUUCGAAUGCGUGAAUACCGGUGAAAUUUCAAUUUAUUCAUAAUCGCGUUAGAAUUUCUGUCGAGUUUUUUAUUCUAUUAUUGCUUCUAAACUUCUGCUCGAAUUGUCGGAUAGCAAUAAAACUUUUUGCAAUAAUGCAUGCAGUUAUCAACCUGCGUAAGCCAGUGCGCAGGUAUAGUUUAAAAUAUGUGCCGAAAUGUUUGAUCUUCUUAAUUGCUUCUAGAAGGUUUCCCCUAUAAUUUUUAUUUGGUAAUCAUGGUUUUGACAUUAUUUCUGUUAUUUAUUUUUGGACAUUUGUAAUAGAUUUCAUGUGGGAUUGCACUGCGAUGUACCUACGAAUUUCGGCAAGUUUUUUCACUUUCGUGGAGGAUAUUGUAGGAUCAUUGUCAGUUAGUUUCAAUAUUUUUCUAUUGCUCUCUGAGAAUUUGAUAAAUAUUUAUGAUAAAGAUGUAAGAAUUAAGGAUGCUGGAUGCCAAGUUUUGCCAAUUGUGCGCUGCUUUCAAAACCAUGCCAAGUCGCAUACGACCUACGGCGACUGUGCACUGAACUCAUUACUUAUGACAGCAAAAAACAAGUUUUGUAAAAACUGGCACUUCAGGACGAAAUAUUUGAUAGGUCAAGUAAAAUGUUUUGUCGCUGUAAUACUUUGAUCCGAAAGUCGAUGUUGGGUUUUUCAAUUGAUUGCAGCUUAUUGCUUUUAUAGACCUCAAAGGAUAAGUCAUUCUUAGCACGCAGUUAAUGCAAAAAUAUUUCAUAAAAUAAUAAAAUAUUGUCGUUUUAGUUUUGAUCAUUGAAAAUAAAUUCUGCUAUUUAAUAUGCAAUAACGCGCAGAUUUGAUUCGCGCCUCUAGGACCACAUGGAUCGCACUCAACCUACCCAAAGAAAUGUUUUACAAUUAUUAAUAAAACUUUAGUUUUAGCUUAUAGAAUUCGGAUCCCUAUCAGUUAAAUGUCCUCUUGUUUUAUUAGUUAUAUAACUUUCUUGAUUGGCCGUCAAACAUUGCGAUAGGCUAGUUUAAUUUUUCUUUAGUUUGCUACCUGAUUUUCUGCCACUUCUUAUAUGUACGUUUUUCUCGUUGCAUUCCUUCAAUGCCCGAACCUUACUUUUUUCUCUAUGCUUGUACAGUUUGGUCUUAAUUAAUGUCACUCAAAUGGGCGUAGAAAAUGGAUGCGUUUUCCGGCCAGCAUUUCCAGAAUUUGAUUUUAUACUUCAUUUCGUGGGAGUUGGAUUUUCAACUCCGGUGCGCACUCAGCGAGCUUAUCUCUUCAUCUAGUGUGUUUUGUGACUUGAUUCAGGGAUUAUUUAAUUUAUUCUAUAUUCGUGCAUGCUGCUGAAAUAUUAUUUAUACAAGAAAAGUAUUUAUGAACGUUUGCUUUUGGAAUAAUUUAACCUUUCUUUCUGUUCAAAGUGUUUCCUACUGUUUCCUCGGACUACUGCGGACUUCUACGUUUUUCCUAUAUAUCUUUUUCUAUUGCUAUUCACUGUAAGUUCGGACGGGAGUUUCAAUUUUUUUUAAUAAGUAAAUUAUGCAUUUUAAAGCGUAAGAUUCGUUUGAGGGCUUGCAAGUUUUGCCAGUUAACUCGCUGCUUUAUGGCUUGACUUCGCCGUUCGUAAUUUUAAUGUAGUUGCUUUGCUUGAAAUAGAUGGUAUGAUUUUUUAUUAUUUCAUCGUAAGUAAAUUUUUGUACUUUGACGUGUUGAUUCAACGCACUCUUGCACCUAGUUAGCUCAUUUUUUUAAUUUUCGCCUAUAUACGGCGAUCCAAAUUUUUCCGGGAUGAUAUCACUUUUGUCUAUGCCUUGCAGUCAAAUAAGCUUGGGCCUUUCUUUACAUCUCGCGAAUGCGGGGCGCAUGUCUUUCUGUUGUUCGAUUAUGUCCGGACGAAGUAAGUAUACUUCACGAAUCCGCUCAAAUGUUGCGAAUGCGCCAAUCACUUCCUCCUUGGUAUCUGAGAAUAGAGCUGAAGUUUUAAAUGAACUUUUGUACACUUUUCGUAUAUUAUGAAAAAAAAAUUACUUCAGCAUUAAUGGAGGAGAAUGUGCGAACCGCGACAGGUUUCCGGUUGAUGAAAGAUCAUAUACUGCGAUUGAAUCUAAAUUCGUCCUUUGUUUUCAUUUACCUCUGUGAUUGUUUGAAUAAUUGAGUAAUAUACCAGAAUUUCCUUUAAUGUACGAGAAACUAUCCAUUAUGGUUUAUAUUCAUAAAUGAAUUAAUAUUAAACACAUUCGACAGCCCCGAUGGUGAAUGUCGUGCGAGAGCACAUUCAUUUGAAAAAUGAAACCUUUUCUCCGCUUGCUUUAAUAAACGAAGGACUUCAUGUGUGUAAUACUAUUAUUUCGUACUAACCUAUUGCCAAUAAAAUGGUUAAUGCAU